ACUCUCGCUCUCGCCUUUCAGCGCUCUCGCUCUCGUCUGCGAGCUGCCGCUGCCUGCGUCAGUCGAAUGGGAGUCCGACUUUACUCGACUCGACUGCAUUGGCAGACCCAGGCUGCCGUCGUCGCUGCCGUCGCUGCCUUCGUUAGUAGCGGCGAAGGGCCUCAUCCUCUUUUCCUUUACCAUCAUCCCCUUUGACACUUCUAUCUUGUCGCUAUUGGUACCGAGUCCACUGCUGCACAACAAGUUUUCAUCUAGCCGCGUGUCCUUCAUCUUCAGCGCGGCAUCGUCACUCAGCAACGCACUCGAAUUCCGUUUCGCAGCACACGAGCAGGCAGGCAUUCCUCACCGCCACUCGUCCUUCGCCCACUCUAGGCUGCUGCCAUCCAUCCACCCUUCUACCCCGUAGCCAAGGAAUUGCAAGGCACAUUCUCCUCUCCCAUCUCAGCGCCCUGUCGUCGUUGCCACCAUGCUUUCUCGCCUCUCUCUCGCCUUCAUCCUCCUUUGUGCAGCCGCCUCGGCGCAGGUGACGCCCACCUCCUCAAUCGACCCCCUCUCUGGCACCACCUUUUCCACGCCCGUGUUCACGCCUGCAACCACCUUCACCCCCGUCACGACUUUCAACUCAGCAGGCUCGCGCACCCCGACGUCAAUCGAUGGCCCCGGACCAUCGGUCUCGUCGAACAGCUACACGUUUAGCUACGAGAAUCCUCUUCAGACUGUUUCGGGUACCGACUUGAGCAGAGUCUACAGCUCCUUGGCAGCGCACUCUACACCGACUGCGGCCACCAGCCCUCUGGGGCCGGAUCCAACCUAUUUGCAGAUCGUCAAUGGGAACGCAGCGCCCGGCUCAUUCAGCGGCAUCCCUUCGCUCUUGGCACUCGCCGGAAGUUUCGGUGUUGGCCUCGCUCUUGUAGCCAUGGUAUGAGGGGUGGUCCGCUACAACUCAUCCACCCACGGGCACGUAUCGUCCCACGGGGCGUCGAUUCCCGAUCCGCCCAUCGGACUGCGGCCGGAUACUACCCACUGUCUCUACUUCUUUGGCACCGCCGGCAACGCUGCUGCUACUACGUGCUGCGCGCGCUUCCCUUCCUUGACCCCCCUCUAAUCGUACGCACGUUUGCGCACUCCUGUGAUCCUUGUAACGUUUCCUCUUGUUGUGGUCUCCUCGUUGUCUCUUUGUCCUCUUUCACCUCUGGAAAAUAUUGUAUGGACUCUUCAUCGCAUCUGGCCGCGCUGCUUGCGAAUUAGACG